AUGGCUUAUGAAGACGAUAGACUAUACACGAUCCGAACGAACGAUGGCGUCAUUUCCCUUCCUCCGACACAUUAUUUUCAGUAUCUGCUGAGGAUAAAGACCAAUGGGAGGAUGAUUAAGAGGAAUUCUGGAACUAUUUAUCCGGGUUUUGAUGAGUGGAAAGAAUUGAUGGAAGACAUGAUCGAAGAGGAAAGGGAGAGACUGACAGAAUGUGUGAAAACAACCACGGAUCAGAUCAAUCAGCUGUGCACUUUUCUGGAUAAGGAAUUCCCAUGCCUCAAAGGAACAGUUUUUAGCAGAGGUAGAAAGAUCGUUUUGUUUAUUUUACGCGUAAAAUUAUUUGCAAAACUUAUGUGUGCUUACAUAUUUUGGUGUCCAAGGCUUUUGCACGUCUUCUAUACAUAGCACGGUUGGUGUAAUUUCAAUUUCAAGGUUUGAUUUUUUUCAGAAUCAGGAAGGCCGGACCACGUUUACAAUGUAGCCCAAUUGGCAAUGUUGGAAUGUUUGGGUUGGAGUAACGAUCAAAAAAGGUUGAUGACGUACUGUUGCGUCACUGCCGAUUGCUAUAGAUUAUGUUAUGAUGACAAUUAA